AUGGAAGAACAGCUCAACGGCGGUGAGGAACUAUUUUUUGAAAUAUAUAUUAAAGAGAAAUUGAAUGCUUUCAUGGAAGAAAGAAAAGCACUUCGUGAAUUUCGUCAUCCAAAAUAUUUAGCAGAAAUUUCGAGGUUAGAAGCGGAAUAUAAAGAAAAACUUGAAUAUGAGGAAACUGUUGAAAGGUUUCAGCUUGAAAAAGAACGUAUUGAGCGUGAUUUUGAACGUGAAAUGGCAUUAGCAGAAAAAGAAUAUCAGGAUCGUUUAGCUGAAUUGAUGGACUCAAUGUUGCAAGAAUGUGAAGAGCAAAAAAAGCAAAUUGAACAUGAAUAUCAUAAUACGGAUAUAAAUAGUACUGCAAGUAGUUCAUAUCCUGUUAAUAAAAAAUCUCUUCGAAGAAGGCCAAAUGAACCGACGCCAUUCAAUGAAAAACGUAUGCGGGCGAAAAAUCCACAGCAAGUCGUGCAUUUAUUAAAUGAGCUCGAUAUACUGGAAGAUAUUCAAUUUGUAGAUUCCAUUAUAGAAGAAGAUAUUAAUCAAGAGAAAUCGCAAGAAUCACAAUAA